CAGCAACUCGUCGCUCGCGAAUCACCCCCGAUUCCACCGACGUCGCUAGAGAACUGAUGUCGGAUUAUCACUUGCCGCAGGGACUGGUGGUUGUUGUGAUUGGCCUCGAGCUGUUCACUUCCAGGCUCGCCUCGCAGUAGGCGAUUGCGGCAGCCGUUGAUCGCAGCAAUAGUAACCAAAAUAAGAAAGAAAGAAGAGCAACAGCGGUUAUCGAUAUGUCCCGCGGCCGUUGAGCUUCGGGAUUUUGAGGAAGACCCCCCACAGAGGUGGAGAGGACAUACCGGGAGCAAUAAAGCUUCAUGAAGCCCUUCGCCGUUGGUUGCGAGUCCUAGUUGUGGAGUCGGCUCUGCAUCGCAGUUUUAUCCGAUAUGCCUGCAGUAACACCUUUCCUCCCCUUCGAGCUCGAUGUCGUCUUCCUCGGCGGCGUCCUCUUUGUUGCUUCGGUGGCUGUCUAUGUUGUCGCGUGCUACGGUGGCCCUUACGCCAUCUUUGCCUACAACUGCUUCUUCAAACCCAUCGCCGGUUCUUCCUCGGAAAAAGGUUCGUCCAGCAGACAACAGGAUGCCCUCGAAAGCUUCUACAAGGGUCAGGCGGCGAUAUACGAUUCCACUCGCGCCAUCCUAUUGCAAGGUCGCGAGGAGAUGAUGGCACUGGCGGCGGCGCAGUUACGGCUGAAGAACAAGCGUGAAGGUUUCCGGAAAAGAGUUUGGGUUGAUAUUGGUGGAGGUACUGGAUGGAACAUCGAGCAGCUCGACAAGCACAUCUCCGUACGGGACAGUUUCUCCGAUGUUUACCUCGUGGAUUUUUCACCCAGCCUCUGCGCAGUGGCGCGAGAACGCUUCGAGAGACUCGGCUGGAAGAAUGUCCACAUUGUGUGUAUGGAUGCGCGGUCAUUCCGAUUGGGCCCGGAAGAUGGGAAAUCGGAGCGGAAGGCGGACUGGAUCACCAUGAGCUACUCGCUGAGCAUGAUCCCGGACUACUACUCGGUAGUCGACUCUCUAACGAACCUCCUCUCGCCAACCGGUAUCAUCAGUGUCGCCGAUUUCUACGUACAGUCCUCGACGAAUGCUAGCUUCAAGAACACAUAUGCCGGUGGCAUCGCCGGAAGAGGCGUGAACUGGUUUUCGCGGCAGUUCUGGCGCAUAUGGUUCGAGUUCGACCGAGUCAACCUCGAUGAGGGCCGGCGGGACUACCUCGAAUACAGAUUCGGAACCAUAUUGAGCGUGAACGAGAGAAACGCCCUUCUCGGUGGCAUCCCAUACUACGUCUGGGUCGGAUGUCCCAAGGCCACCUUCCCCAGUUCGGAUAUUCUGGCAAAGGUCGACGCUGCGGCUACCAAUUCCCCAUACCUCUCCCCUGUGCGUCACGAAGAAGCCCGCAGAGAUGCAGUCGCCGCAGCCAACACCGCUACCGCCCUCCAGGUUCGCUCCAAAGGGUUUGAAGCCGCAAUCCUAAACAUUUCUGUCGGACUUCCUCUCCCCUCGUUCUUCUACCAGAACCAUCAUUUCAGAAUCUACUACAACGAGCUUCUAUCUAAACACACCCAAUUCAACAACUCCUACAUUUACGCCUUCACCUGGGAAGACGCACGGGUGGACCUCCGCCUCCUCAAGCUCACAUCCGACGAUGUAGUCCUGGCCAUCACCUCUGCAGGCGACAACCUCCUAUCCUACAUUUGCGAUGCGUCGCCCAAGCGCGUUCACGCGGUCGACCUCAACCCUUCCCAGAACCACCUUCUCGAACUAAAACUUGCGUGUUUUUCCGCCGCGCUGCCGUACGGCGACAUCUGGAGCAUUUUCAGCGAGGGCCGGCACGCGGGGUUCCGAAAACUCCUGCUAUCGACACUGUCGCCGCACCUGAGUUCGCAGGCAUUCCAGUUCUGGCUCGACCGUGCGGCGGUGUUCUCAUCCGCCGGAGGACUGUACGAAACCGGCCAGUCCGGCAUCGCCCUGCGCGCGACGAAGUGGCUGUUCCGCGUCUUUGGCGUGGCCGGCGAUCUCGAGAUCUGGCGGACUAGGGUGCGCCCGGUUAUUCUCAGCUGGUGGGUCUCCUGGGGCAUCAUCGGCAACGAGCGGUUCCUGUGGAAAGCGCUGGGCGUGCCCGCGAACCAGAGGAAUAUGAUCCUCGAGGACUACUUCACGCGCAGCGGACGCACCGGUGCGAAGGAUGGCGGCCACGCCAUGUGGGAAUACGUGGUCAACACACUCGAUCCCGUGGUGGAGGAUAGUCUGCUCGGGAAGGACAACUACUUCUACCUCCUGUGUCUGCUGGGCAGAUACACCAAGUCCUCGCACCCGGCGUAUCUGGAACCAAAGAACUACAAGAAGCUCACGGCGUCCGGCGCGUUCUCGGGCGUCAGGAUCCACACCGACGAGAUCAACGAAGUGCUGGCACGGCUGAAGCCCGGGACUCUGACGGUUGCGGUGGUCAUGGACAGUAUGGACUGGUUCGAUACCGACGGCGUAGAGGCACGGUCACAGAUCCGGCGGCUCAACGCGUCUAUGAAGGUUGGCGGGCGUGUGCUGCUGCGCAGUGCCGGCCUCGCCCCUUGGUACACUAAGGUAUUCGACGAGGAGGGGUUCUCGGCGAAAAGAGUGGGCACUAGGACCUCGGGGCGCUGCAUCGACAGGGUGAACAUGUAUGCGUCGACGUGGAUAUGCACCAAGCGGAGCGAUCUGGUGGAGGAAGGGAGGGAACGGAAAGGGAGUGUCGAGAUGCUGCAGCUAUAG